AUGCAUUCAACAUCCACAUCACAAGCUGCGCGGCGCAUUGACAAUGUUGAAAUGUCCCAAGCCCAGCAAAAGAGCUGUGCGUUGUGGCCGCUUAAGGAUCUUGACGAAGAUCGAUGCGGCUUAGUUUUGUUGACGUUUGUGGUUGGUGGCCCAGCAGCUUUCCCUCAAAAGGGGCUGCGCAGUGCUGCAAAUGAACCGUUCGGAUCCACAUUAGCCACGGGGCCGCUGGUGGUUAGGGCUCAUGCCGAGACCAUGCCGGUGCCGCUGUAUCGGCCAGCUUGCUUAUAUGCGACAUGGGGCCCCGCAGAUUUGUCGUACAAGCGACCAACAGACUUUGCAGCCUGA